AAAUCGGAAAUUAAACCGGUUCAACCCGUGGCCCCACCUGGGCAGAAUAUUUGAUUACCACAGAAUUCACGCUUCUCGGUAUCUCAAAUAAACAAUUCCUUUCCCUCGACCACCAAAUACCUUUUUAACAACGUAAUAAUAAAUAAAUAAUUAUUCAAUAUUUAAAUGCUAAUUUAAUUUCCCUUAGUUAUUAUUUUCCGGUAAUUUGUCUCUCUUUUUUCUAAAAUCUCGAUCUAAGAAAGCAGAGAAUUUUCGUUGUACGAAAAUCGGCAACCUGAAGCAGAAGCUUAAAACUUUCGCUUUUUUGCUAACCAAAGCAAAAUCAACAUGCUUCUCUCACUUUCAACGACCUUGUUUUAGUCCAAAUCAACGGCUACGAUUGCAUGCUCGACGGCCGGAGUUUGUUCUCCUCGCCAGAGCGACGCCACGUCGUCGUCGUUGGAAUCUAUGUGUAGUGUUGAGAUUAGGAGGCUAGGGUUUGCCGAUUCCGUUGGAUGCCUAUUGGGUGCAUGAUAAAUGCUUCUAGCCGGGGAUCUAGGGUUCUCGGGCCUGGUCCUUGCGGUCUCCCUUGUUCUUCCUUUGAUCGGCUUUUUCAUUAGGCGGAAAUGGCGGCUCUCUGUUGCCAGGCAAGAGGAGAUCAAGAGGCUUAUAAUUUUGGCCUCGGAAGAGGCCGCUAGGGCCGAACUUGAGGCCUCGCUUGGAUACGGUACUGUUUCCAUUUCGCGGAACUAUCAUCAGUGUGCUGUUUGCUAUUGUCCUACUACUACACGGUGCGCCCGCUGUAAGUCCAUUCGAUAUUGUUCUGCUAAGUGUCAAAUUAUUCACUGGCGGCAAGGUCACAAAGAAGAAUGCCAUCCACCUGCCAAUGCCACACACCAGAAUCAUGAUGAGGGCAGUGAUUCUGGUCAGAAGGUGAUAGAGCACGACCAAUAUGGAGACAGCUAUGAGAUUGAAGAAAAGUCGCACGUUAAGCAAACUGGAAAAACCCCCAUAGAACCUGCAUUGUAUAGUUCCACUAGCUCUUCUGUGGUUUUACAUGGGAAGGGUGAUAAUUUAAAGGUUGAGUUCCAUGCUAAUGGGGAAGGAAUGAACUCUGCUUCAGAAUCUUCCAGCGCUUCAUUUUCUGGAUUUGCACCUGCAGCUAGUAGUGAAUCAUCUGACAAUGUUUCUGUGUGUGAGAGCAUUAGUUCAAAAGAGCCUGAUAAAUUGGAUAGAUCUUUGUCUGUUGAUGCUAACCUUGACAUGUUUUGGACUGCUUCUGGUGUCAACAACGUGGAUCAAACCAAUCCAUCAUCCCCAAAAUUUGCUAGGUUGGUUGAUUCUGUAGAUAAUAUUUCUAAAUUAAUUAAAUUAAAUCAGAUGAAGCCUGAUCAAAGUGGGGAGAGCCAGUGCAGAGUAACUAGUUCUUCCAGUUUAGGCAUUAGUGGUACAUGUGAGGGCUCAAUUGCUGAGGGUUGUACAUUAUCUUCUGGUUUCACGGGCGGAACUCCAGAAUCAGUUGCAUCUACAACUGAUGCUGACAAUGAGUCUUAUCAUUCUAAUCCUAAAGACGGCAGUAAAAGUGCCUCACCUGAUUCUGGGACUUCCUUACAUUUUUCACGUAAUUUGUCUGGAAAUGCGUCUUCCUCUCAUCCACAAGGCUUCAAGAUGAAAGCUGCCAAAUUGGAUGAUACUCCUCGGGGUGCUUUGGGGCAUACCAAGCUUUCUGAUGGAGUAACAUUGUCAGAAAAUGUUGGUUUAGAUGCUCUGCAGGGCAGCAACUCCCCAUCCUCAAAUUCUGAAUGGCCUAACCAUGCGGAGUGUGGGUCCAGCAAUAUUUCACAUGCCACAAAACCCAGAGAAGCUAUCAAUAAAGAUGUUCUAUUAGUCAGUAGCUGGUCAUCUUCAUCUUUAGAAAAGUCAGGCUCUAGUGCUGUCAUUAAUGGACCUAGCAAUGCUUCUCAUCAAUUAAAGUCUUCUGAUGCUUAUUCAUCCAGUGCCAGAGUGCAUGCUGUUCCUAGUGUGAAAUCUGGAAAAAUUGAUGGUUUUCAUGCAAAUGCUGCUACAUUACCUCAGGAUUCAAGUUGUUCUACUAAUGGUAGGCAUGGAUUGAAAACCUCUAUGUCGAAAGUUUUUGAUCAAUUUGGAGGAUCGAAAUUGCCCAAACACUAUCCAUUUCACGUUGGUAAUGAGGUUACUGGAAAAUAUAAUGAUAAGGGACUUUUUCCCUAUGAAUUAUUUGUCAAGCUUUAUAGUUGGAACAAGGUGGAACUGCAUCCAUGUGGUCUUGAAAACUGUGGGAACAGCUGUUAUGCCAAUGCUGUCCUCCAAUGCUUGACAUUUACUCCUCCUCUGACUGCUUACUUUCUUCAGGGACUCCAUUCCAAAGCAUGUGCAAAGAAAGAAUGGUGUUUCACCUGUGAGUUCGAAAAUCUAAUUUUGAAGUCUAAGGAUGGGAAAUCUCCACUUUCUCCUAUAGGAAUACUGUCCCAACUACAAAAUAUUGGUGGUCAACUUGCCGGUGGGAAAGAGGAAGAUGCACAUGAAUUUUUAAGGUUUGCUAUCGAUGCAAUGCAGUCUGUUUGUCUUACAGAAGUUGGGGUGGAUUCAUCAUGUCGUUCAGAAGAAGAAACAACUUUAAUUGACCUAACAUUUGGAGGCUACCUUCGGUCAAAGAUAAAGUGCAUGAAGUGUCAAGGCAAGUCUGAAUGUAAUGAAAGAAUGAUGGACCUUACAGUUGAGAUUGAAGGAGACAUAGGAACCCUGGAAGAGGCUCUUCAGCGGUUUACACGGACUGAGAUUUUGGAUGGAGAAAAUAAGUACCAAUGUUGCAGAUGCAAAUCUUACGAGAAGGCCAAAAAGAAGCUGACUAUAUUAGAGGCUCCAAAUGUCCUAACAAUUGCUUUGAAGCGAUUUCAGUCUGGUAAAUUCGGAAAGCUUAAUAAAGCAAUUCGGUUCCCCGAGAUCUUGAACUUGGCACCAUAUAUGAGUGGGACAAGUGAUAAAUCACCCAUAUACAGGCUCUAUGGUGUGGUGGUCCACUUGGAUAUCAUGAAUGCUGCAUUUUCUGGUCACUAUGUGUGCUAUGUUAAAAAUGUUCAAAACAAGUGGUUCAAGAUUGAUGAUAGGACGGUAACACCCAUGGAACGUGAAAGAGUUCUAACCGAAGGGGCAUACAUGCUUCUCUAUGCAAGGUGUUCACCCAGGGCCCCAAGAUUGAUAAGGAGCAGAAAUAAGGCCAUUCUAUCUAGGGUCAAUUCAAAGAAUCCGCCAAAUUCAAGUCCUUCGACAGUUGAAGAAUUCUACCCCAGUUCAAUUCAUCCAGAUAUUCCUGGGAGCAUUGAAUAUUUUUAUUUAAAAUACAAUCGGCUCCAAAGGAUUUUAGAAGAAGACUCAUCAAGUGAUAGUUCUUCUCUUUUUAGCAGCAACUCUGAUGAAGGUUCCUGCUGUACUGACAGCACACGAGACUCUACGUCCGCUGAUGAUUUAUUGGAUUCUGCAUUUGGCGAUUCAAUACGUGGUUGGAACAACCCCUGGAGGAGUUCUGAUUCCGAUGCUUCUUCAUCUUCCUCUUCUUCUCCCCUUUACUCAAGGCAUUCACCCCUUGCUGAUUUAGAUCAUUAUGCUUCAGGUUCGCCUGAAAUUUACUCCUCUCAAAUGGAUUAUUCAGAUUCAACUACAAAGAAUGCUAUUCUUUUGGACAGACGACCCAGCGGGAGUAGCAGGCAGAUGGAUGGGGAAGGUAAGGGAAAUGAUACUUUUUUCCACUCUGACACGAGUAAACAGUGUAGAAAGAUAGGUAGUAGUAGCUCUAGGGAAACGGACUCGGGGAGAUUUGGACAGGUUAACCCUUUAAAUGCUUUAUCUUUUAGAAAUUCAACGAGGGAAAGAACCAAUUAGAAAUUUUAUUACUGGGCUAUUGAGUUAGAGGAGGUAAAUAAGGUUUGGGAGGGGUUGUAUGUAAUGUACUCUUGUAGUCAACAGGCAUUGUUUAAAGAAAGCAGCCAUUACUACUUUGUUCAUAUCUUAUCCACUACAGUCUCUAGGUAAUAAAAUACUAAAAGCAUUAAUGUAUUAUUUAUACAUGGAAGAGAACGAAAACAUUAUGAACUAGCCUCAGCCUUUAUCUUCGUCCAAACCUUUUUGGUUUGUUAGUGGUACUAAGGACAAAGGAAUAGUUUGGGCAUGUGGCAAACUGCGAGCUUGGGCCCAAAAUGGCCCCCGCCACCCACAAAUGGAACUCAAAAACAGGCUUGAUAAAAAAAACCUGUAUUGAGAACGUCCAAAAUGGAUUGAAGUAUAGAGUAAGGCAAUAGGCCAAAUCACAAAAGCAAAAUACUUAAACAGCCCACGUGGGAUAAGACAAGACUGGUCCAUCCAGUCCAAUGAAUACGGCAAUAACCCAGCGGGAACUAUGUCUUCCUUCCAAUUCUACUCUCUUCCUUUUUUUUUCAUCUGGUCUUUUGUCUGGAUUUCGACUUCACAAAUGAAGACCUAUCAUGACCGUACACGUGUACUCUUUUCUUAACGAUGCUUGCCCUGACAGCAUUCACCCACCACCGAUUACCCUACCUGCUGCAUGUAGACCCAUAUUAUACAGAUCGUGUCACUUCGAUUGUACUAAUUGAUUUUGUUACCCACCUAUUCCAUUACAAGAAAAAAAAAAGUUGAAAAUGAGACAGAAAAUUUACAACUUGGAUAUUUUCUAAGAUGAUUAGUGGGGUUUAAUGCUUCAGCCAAACCCAAGAGACUGAAUAAUGUAUGCGCAAGAGCUCUGUUUGGUCAAAGAAUUUGAAUUUUAUUGUUGCAGAAAUAAUGGACUAA